CUUCCACUCUUUUUCUCUGGUGUUCAGUUCAUUCCAUUUUGAUGGCAUCUACUUCUAACCCUACCACUCGCCCAAAGCUUCAAAAUUUUGCACUAUCUACAUCUACUUAUACUGAAUCCACAAUGUCUUCUGUUCAGUCCAGUUUCAUGGCAUCUACUUCUAACACCAGCACGCUCUUACAGCUUGAAGAUUUUCCACCAUCCACAUCUACUUCUUCUGGAUCCUCAGUGCCCCCAUUUGUCCAAUACAAGCCUCCCACAACUAAACUUCCCUUCCACAGCAGUAAGAGGUAUCAUGUGUUUCUGAGUUUCAGAGGACCAGAUGUGAGAAAGUCUCUCGUUGAUCAUCUCUUUCAAGCUCUCUCCGCAGCGGGACUGAAUGUCUUCUUAGACAGUGACAAAUUGGAAAAGGGGGAAAUAAUUGAGUUGAGCUUGGAAAGAGCAAUCGAAAGCAGUGCCAUACGAAUUCCCAUAUUUUCCAAAGGCUAUGCAGACUCGGCUUGGUGUCUCAAGGAGGCCGCUGCCAUGUUGAACUCCCCUGGCUUGAUUAUUCCUUUGUUCUAUCAUGUGGAACCAACUCAUGUUAGAUACCCUGAAAAUGGCUCCAGUCCUUAUAACCGAUCAUUUCUUAAGUAUUAUGGCCAUUCAGAUCGAUACCGGGGAGAAGAGAUUGACGGGUGGAAGCGUGCCCUUCGAGACAUCUGUAAGCGUUCAGGAUGGUCCAUGGAUAUAACUGGAGGCUGUAAAGACAGUGGUGAAUGACCUGAUCAUGACACUGGACAGAGUGCCGUUAGAAGUUGCCAAGCAUCCAGUCGGAUUAGACAGCGCCAAGAAUUCUCUCAUUCAGAAAUUAAAUCUCAAUUCAGUCAAUGAUGUGCUUAAAAUUGGAAUAUGGGGUAUCGGUGGUAUAGGCAAGACCACAGCUGUCAAGGCUGUGUACAAUCAAAUUUAUGGUGAUUUUGAAGCUGCUUCAUUUGUAAUUAAUGUCCGCGACACUGUUGCAGAGACUACGGGACUUACAAAAUUACAGAAAAAAGUCCUCAAAGAUACAUCCAAAUAUGGUGAUGAAGUGGAUAGUGUUGACGAGGGCAUAUUUUUAUUCAGAGAACGUCUGCGAAGAAAGCGUGUUCUACUUAUCUUGGAUGAUGUGGAUGCUGCCAUACAGUUGAAAGCUUUGGUCGGGGAUUGGUUGGCCCCUGGCAGUAGAGUUAUUAUAACGUCCAGAGACAAACACAUUCUCAACGUUGCUGGGAUCUCAUCUGAAUGCAUUCACGACAUGAUUGGAUUGGACAUAAAUGAAAGUCUCCACUUGUUUAGUUGACACGCGUUUCUCAGAGCAUCUCCAACUCCCAAUUUCGAAUAUCUGUCCAGAAGAAUAGUGAAAGCUUGUAAGGGGCAUCCUCUUUCACUGGAAGUGAUUGGGUCUUUCUUGUAUGAUAAGCAGGAUGACAUAGGUUGCUGGAAGGAAGCUUUAAACAACAUUACUCUCAACCCAGACAUUCACGAAAGACUCAAAAUCAGUUAUAGUGCUCUCACCGAUGAGGAACAAGAAAUAUUUGUGGAUAUUGCUUGUUUCUUUAUUGGCGAGCACAAAAGUUGUCCAAUUGUUUUCUGGAAAUCUUUGUACAAGAUGGUAGACACUGCCGUAUCCAAUCUUUCAAUGAAGUUAUUGAUAAAGAUUGACAACAAAGGAAUAUUUGAGAUGCAUGAUCAUUUGCGAGAUAUGGGGCAGACAAUUGCAGAAAAAGAAAAAGUGGGCACCCGACUUUGGGAGGCUGCCCAUUUGAAUACCGUAUCCGACAUCAAUUUCUCUCGCCUUCGGCUCAAAGGAGGCAAUCCACAAAGGUUUAAAGUGCUCUGCAGACCUGGUCUUCGUUAUCUUCAUUUGCGUAAUGUGACCAUCGAAGGCAUGAAAGAAGACACUCUAGCUGUGCUUCCACCAAGCCUGAUAUGGUUACGGUUGGAACAUUGUCCCAUUGCCACUGGAAAGAAGGGGCCAAUAGAGAAGAUCUUUGAAGCAGUAAGGAAGCCACGUCAUUCCAGAUUUGUGGGUCACCAUAGGCAAUUGAAGAUUAUGCAACUAAAAGAUAUCAACAGCCUUUUUAUCUCCUCGCUAUUUUCAUUUCCUAACAUAGAGCAGCUGCAGCACUUGAACAUAGAAAAAUCUAAAAGCUUAGAAACUCUGCCCGAUUCUAUCGGCAACCUCUCAGGCCUACUGCACUUGAAUUUGAGAGGGUGUAGAAGAUUAAAUAGCCUCCCUAAUACCAUUGGCAACCUGUCAAAGCUGCAAUAUUUGAACUUGGAAUGGUGUUAUAGGUUAAGUAACCUACCUGAUACCAUUGGUAAUCUGUCACAGCUGCAGCAAUUGGACUUGGAAGGAUGUGACAAGUUAACUAACCUCCCUGAUACUAUUGGGAACCUGUCACAGCUGCAGCACUUCAAUUUGAGAGGGUGUUAUAGGUUAAAUAACCUCCCCAAUACUAUUGGCAAUCUAUCACAGUUGCAACACUUGGAUUUGAAAUGGUGCUAUACAUUGAAUAACCUUCCUAAUACUAUUGGGAACCUUUCACGGCUACUACACUUAGACUUAAGAGGCUGUAGAAGAUUAAAUAACCUCCAUGAUACCAUUAACAACCUACCACAGCUGCAGUAUUUUUUAUCUAACCUGUGCUGUAAAACUAGUACAUGCACCCGAAAGAGGUGUGGUGAUUAGACAGAUAGAAAACCAUAUCUAAGUCAGUAGAGAGUACAAUUUGAUUAUUACAUUAAAACUUUUUUAUUAUUUAUCAGUUUUUAUAUAUCAUAUAAUAUUUAAAAUGUGUUGCUUUAAAUA